AUGGCUAUGCCAAUGUCGUCAAUCUUUACCGGCCCUGAGCGCCGCAAGAAGCUCGUGACAUACGGACGGGCGGCGCGCUUCGGCAAUGCGCAGAUAUUCACCGACGAUGAGCCUUCGCCGGAGCGUUCGCGCAAGCAGGUGGGGAGACUCACCAGUGCAUCGCAAAAGCCUGGAGCAGCCUCUGGAACUAAGAACGCUGUGGACACUGUGCGCGUAGGGAAACAGCAGUCACCGGGGCUGUAUGACGACUUCGAUGUACCCUCCGACAGCGAGUCCAGGCCUCGUACCGCAAUCAAGAAACCGUUGCAAAAGCCUCCGCCGAAGCCUAUGGACAAUUUCGAUGUCUUCGACGUGCCUUCCUCGGGCGACGAACGCAAAGCCGUAAGAAUGGGUAGAGUCAAAGCAGCGCAGCAACUGCGGAGCAAGGUCAACGUGACUCGACCAAAAGUGCCUGCGCAACAAGCAAAGGCAUCGGACAAGAAGCAUGUUGUAGCGGUGUCUCCGGAUGAUCCUCUCAUCAUGGCAACCCCAGCGGUACGAACACGAGCCAAAACUGAUGUAGCAGAUACGAGACCCACAGCCACCGUAGCGGCGAAAGCAGCGAAGCAAAAUGCAUUGGCAUUCAAGGCAAAUGCGCGAGCGACUGUUGCACCCAGAACUGCACCAAAACAGACGAAAGCCAAUCCUGCGCCAGCGCCUUUGGUUACUGAGAUGGUACCAACACCACCGACCGAACCAAACGACGAUUUUGCUGUUUUCGAUGUCCCUUAUUCUGACGACGAGGUAUCGACGCAGACAUCCGACCGACCGCGUAAAGCACCGAUUGUACGCACAAAAGCACUCUCAAAACCGUCUCAACGGCAUAGAUCUCCUUCGCCAGAACUCUCGGCAGGAUCUGAUACAUCCAAUGCCUCUCAUAAACGCAAACGGAGGGGUUCCGCUUCGUCGUCCGUGACCGUGAAGAAGAUAAAUAUAGCACAGGGAAAGCGGGAGGCAUCCGUACCUAUACAGAGGAAGAGAGAAGCAUCCAUACCCAUACAAAGGAAAAGAGAAGCAUCCAUAGCCCCGCGCAGUAGGAAGCACCAAAAGACAGACGACAGCCUGUCACCAGGCCAUAGUGCGAAUGAAGCUUCACGACCAAACCUUGUAGCGGUGGCUCAUGACGCUCCAUCCAACAAGGUAAAGCGUACAAAGUCACGUACUGUUCCCGUGAUUUCAAGACAUACGAUAGCGAAAGCGCAAUCGUCUCCUGUCAAGCUUCACAGUAUGCUCGCCAUGUGCUCAGCGACAAAUUCGUCACGUGCGCAGGAAACCCUUGAAGCACCAAUUGUCGAAGACGAGUCCAUGUACGAACUACCCGAUGAGGCCACACCGCGUGCGCAAGGCGCGAAGUCUGCCGUGCCAGGCUCUGUGACACCACGGCAGCGGGACCUGUUCAGCAAUUUGUUGGAGGACGGUUCAGACCAAACCACUCCAAUGCCUAGCAUCUCGAAGCUUCGAAUCACUGAGCGGACCCCAAUUUCUGCUUUCGCUGCAUUAGCUCGAUCGUCGUCCGAUAUUCCCCAAUCUAAACACACCAGGAAAGGGAGGCUCAUUGAUAUGCUGAAACAACAACGAGCGCCAAGCGUCAACGAGGAGAGUGAAAGCGACGAAGAAUCAGAAGCAGAUGUCACCAAGAUUGCAAACGGGCCAGCUGCGGCCCGAUUCAAGGCUGAACACCACGUUGCUUCGCAAAAACUAACAGAGGCGAUGGAUAUCGACCCUGAUACCCAGGCAAGCUCCCAGACCUCUCGUGCUCCUGUCCCCACUGCGGACAGAUCUCGGACCUACGCUCAACAGAGGUCGUACCUGGAAGAGACGAAUCUUGAAGACGGCCUGUUGAACUGGGAUGACGACAUUGAAGUGGACUUGCCCACCAGACAGGGCUCGGUCACUGAAAGCGAAGACGACUCGCAACAAGUGACGGGCCUUCCUGAACUUCGUCGAAAAGGACAAUUAUACAAGUUCGAGGCAGAGACUCAGGCCAUCAUCGAGGACAUAUCCGGAAAAACCAACACUAAUAUUUCGGCACGGCGCAGUGCAAUGAUGGAGUUUGCUACUCAGUUGGCCGACGUGAGCUACGUCAACCAGUUACUAGAAUCGGCAAUGACGUCUUCAUUGCUUCGGGCCAUCUCUGCUACCGGGGAUAUCGUGUUCGACUUCGCAGCAGCUGUCGCGAUAAUCUUCAUACUCAGAACAAAGCCAAGUUACGCCGUUGUGGAGCAAGUUUAUCAGUCCGAAAUUUUGACAACUCUGCGGAAGCUCUUGUCAUCUCCAAUGUUGAGCUUGGAUAUACACCGUAUCUCGAAGGAUAGGAAGACGAACAUGUCUAGCAGUGCCCGAGAGAGUGUGGCAGAUUUCCGAGCCCUCAUCUUGCGACUGCUCGACUGGCCGGAAGCGGACGUGCCUAAGCUGUCGCCACAACUCUUGGCUAUCAAAGUCCUGGAAGAGCUGGUCAUAGGGCUCCGGAUUCCCGGUAACACAGAGGCCAUCGUCGACGAUGACAUGAUCGGCAAAGUGCUCGACGUAGCAUCCGGACCUGCACAGCGCCUGCAGUCAGGCAAGGCAACUACACAAGACGAUCUGAUAUUGGAAACGGCGUUCUCGGCACUGGAGUCACUGUCAAUAUCCAAAGAUGGUCAGGCUACUUGGCCAGAUGAGGUACUCCGACGGUUGGCUGAUAUGAUGUCGGCCUUCUUCGACACGACCGGAUCGUCACCAAGACGGCUGGUAAUCCGUCUUUGCAUGAACCUGGCCAACAAUCGUCCCAAAGCCUGUCAGAUAUUUGCGGAUCAGACGUUCGUUACCCGCCUUGCUCGCUUCAUCGUGGAAUGUUUUCAUACACUGGGAGAUGAUGCGAGUCAGCAACCGCUGACACGAGUGCGGGACGACCUCAUAUUGGCACUGGGCGCUAUGAUGAAUCUUGCAGAGUUCAGUGAUCAAGCCAGACUAAAUGUGACUCAAGGAGGGGAUGAGCUGCUCGGGGACCUGGUGAAUAUCUUUCUUGAGGGAUCGGAACGCGCUGAGCGGGCCGAUUCUGUGAAAAAUGCUCACUUUCUCGUUCCCACCGGCUAUCUCACUAUCAUGCUCGGCAACCUUUGCUUGAACGACCGGGUGCGCCGCAAGGUCAUCUCCCUGCUUCCCGGGGAGAACAUGACUUUGCUUGUGCAAAAGGUUAGAGAGUUCGUCCAGUACAACCAAAGGCUAGAUCAGGCUGAGUUUGAGGGCGCUGAGGGUCAACAAACAUUGCAAAAUUUCACACUGAGACUUAUGCUCGUGGUGGAGAGGUUAGAGAAGGCGGGCGUGCAGGAAACUGCGCGUUUCCCCGUAUGA